UUUAACUUGACGAGCGGGAAACAUAUAAAAUCGAUCCGCCAAAUUCGAAUCGUCAAAUCCUUAGAAAAGCCUGAUGCACAUAUCAUAUUACAUUGCAUAAAGUUAAUACUAAGUUUGAAAUAUAGAUGUCUUAGAAAAUAAGGUAUCCGUUCUCUAAUUUCAUUUGUCGAAUGGAAUUUAUCAAUGAAUAUUGAUACACAAAAUUACAUUACCUAGUGCCUCGUCCGUGGUGUUAUUAUGCAAUUGUAAAUUACUCUUGUAGAGGAUAUAUAGAAUUCCAUAUUUCUACCGUUCUGUAUUUCAGAACACGUGACAUGAUACCAUGCUCCUAGUCCAAUAAUUAAUAAUCGUUUGUAGUUCCAUAAAAUAAAAUGCUGUUCUCGUUAAAUUUCAAUGAAAAAUAAAAUUUCACAUGCACUAUUUAGACUUUUGAAUUAAUUCUCCAAAUUUUAUCUUUAGAAUUAUUUAAUAUAAUCGUACUAUUUGUGUCAAACACUUCUUUCUAAAUCGUACAUAUUGAGAAUACUACAAUAAUUCAUAAAAAAGAGCAUUCAAAGAUUUUUUUAUAUAAAUAAAUAUCAUGAUAGCGUAUCGUUAACAGUAUUUUUUUUUUUCUAAUAAACUCAUUCCCGCAGUUAACUUCUCGGUUGUAGAAAGAGGGACGCUGAAUAACCGAAUGACCAUGAGGUUAGGUUUUAUGAAUCUGUACCGUCCAGUUGUGUGUCGGAAGAAGGUGCGAGGUGAUUAAUGCACCAUCACCGUGGGAACGUUAAUUUGAAAAAGCGAUAUAAAGCAUGGAGAACAUCUACUGACGAGUCAUUUGACGAGUAGGUGUACGUCACCUACAUCAUUCCGUCCUUUCGUUAUAAUAAUUCAUCAGGAAAUUUUCUACAACGUCGACACUAAAUAUAUAAUAAAAUGGAAUAUGAAAUUAAAGGUGUCAGUAAUUUUUCACACAGAUCAAAACGAAAGAACUCCACUGUAGACGGGGAACUAGAAUACUGGAUGACUCGGCUACCAGAAGCUUUGAAAAGCCUUCCCAUAAUACGUUUGGCGAUACCCGGUGAAGCCGUAUCAGCCGUCAACAUGGAUAAGUCGGACAACCAGCUGAAAACCUGGAAAAAGAAGAGCAUGAAGACGAGCGGCUCGGCGGACGUCGUGACCCAGCGCGUCCAGGUGGUCGUGCGUUGCAGACCGAUGGACGAGAAGGAGUUAGCCCGUGGUUAUACGCGUGUGGUCGACGUAUUCCCUUCGAGGGGAGUGGUCGAGAUUCGUCAUCCGCGGGACGAUCCUUCCACCGACAAUGUGAAAGUUUUCACGUUCGAUGCGGUCUAUGACUGGAAUUCCAGCCAACAAGACCUCUACGAGGAAACGGUCAGGCCACUGGUAUCCUCGGUUCUUGACGGUUUCAACGGUACCAUCUUCGCUUACGGCCAAACCGGAACAGGCAAAACGUACACCAUGGAGGGCCUGAAGAGCGAUCACGAGAGACGCGGUGUAAUUCCACGAUCGUUCGAGCAUAUUUUUAAUCACAUAGGCAGAUCAGAGAACAUGCAAUACCUGGUGAGAGCUAGUUACCUUGAAAUAUAUCAGGAAGAGAUUCGCGACCUUCUGCAGCCCGACCAGAGUCUCAGAUUCGAGUUGAAGGAGAAACCAGACACUGGUGUAUUCGUUAAAGACCUAUCCACGUCGGUGUGCAAGAGCGCCGUUGAGAUUCAGCAGUUGAUGAACACCGGAAAUCAGAAUAGAACCAUUGGCGCUACUAAUAUGAACGAACAUAGUUCCAGGUCGCACGCGAUAUUUUUGAUCACUAUUGAAAUGGGUUCGAUCGAUGAUAGCAGUGGGAUUAGGGUCGGUCGUCUGAACCUGGUAGAUCUCGCGGGCAGUGAAAGGCAAAGCAAGACUGGAGCCUCUGGCGAGAGACUCAAGGAAGCCAGUAAAAUCAAUUUGAGCUUAUCAGCGCUGGGAAAUGUAAUCUCGGCCUUGGUAGACGGGAAGACAACGCACGUGCCGUAUAGAGAUUCCAAGUUAACGCGGCUGCUGCAAGACUCUUUAGGUGGCAACUCGAAGACCAUCAUGGUUGCAAACAUUGGGCCCGCUAGUUACAAUUACGACGAGUCUUUGACAACGCUACGGUAUGCGAAUCGGGCAAAGAACAUUAAGAACAAGCCAAAAAUAAACGAAGAUCCGAAGGACGCGCUAUUGAGACAGUAUCAGGAAGAGAUCGGCCGAUUGAAGGAGAAGCUGGCGCAAAAGGGCACUGUGCAAAGACGAAAGAAGAAAUCGAAGAGAAAGAAGGGAGACGAAGCCAUGGACUCAGAGUCGGAAGCGGAAGACAGCCGGGGAGAGGAUAAUAAAAUAGAGACGGAUAAGAAAUUAAUCGCGGAACAAUUGAAAGCCGAGAAGCAAGAGACGGAGGCACUCAUAAUGAGAAUAAAGGAUUUAGAAAGUAAGAUGCUUUGCGGUGGUAAGAAUAUCAUUGACCAUACUAACGAACAACAGAGAACACUGGAACAGAAAGCCGCGGAAAUUGCUGAGAGAAAGAAACGAGAGGUCGAAAUGCAACAGAAACUGGAGGAUGAAGAGCUAACUAUGCUAGGCGUGAAAGAAACUUAUUCGAACUUGCAACAAGAAGUGGAUGUGAAGUCGAGGAAGCUGAGGAAAUGUUUCAAUAAGUUACAAGUUCUCAAGCAGGAACUCGAAGACGUCACUAACGACUUCAACAGAGACAGAAGAGACUUAGAACAAACUCAACACGAGCUAAUGAAGGAACUAAAACUAAAGUAUCUUAUAAUCGAGAAUUUCAUUCCCGACGAAGAGAAGAAUAAGAUCCUAUCGAGAAUUCACCUCGACGAAGAAGAGGACGGUUGGGUAGUAAAGGAAACGGAACCAUCCAGCGUAGACUUGAUAAGGAGACCCACGUCGAUUCCUGGUGCCCGUAGGCCAGUCUCGGAAUAUGCCCGAAUUGCUCUAGCCAUGGGAGGAGGUAGUCGUUAUGCGGGUGAAAAUAUAUUGAAUCUAGACCUAGAUAUGCCAGCUAGAACAACGCUAGACUAUCAAGGACCCGCUAUCGCACCUACGAUUCAAGCUGUUCUCGAAGAAGCGUUGCGAGACGAAGGAGACAUCGACGUCGAUGCGUCUAGUGCGAAACUUAGAUCGAAACCACGUUUACAAUCCGCGAAAAUACGACCUAAAAGCGUUGGAAAGAUCCCUCAAAUCCCAGCGCCGGUUUAUCCAAAGAUGAGAGGUCUCGUACCGAAGUAGACAAUUUUUUAAUACGUUCCGAUAAGGUCUGUAAAGAAACGUGUAAAUAUUGUACGAACCGCAUCGUGAGCUUUGAUUAAUAUAUAUAUAUAUAUAUGCGUAUAUAAUUAUAUAUAUUAAUAUAAUUAUAUAUAUAUAUAUAUAGUUAUACGAUUCGUUGUGAUACGACACAUGGUACUCUGUGUGCAUCGAUAGGCACGAAAUAGCCGACAUCUUUGUAACUCUCUAGUCAGUGUGCACUGUGCAGCCACAUGGUAUUAAUAUAUCGAUUAUUUCUGUGUCCAAGUCAGAUUCCUAUUCGUUUAUGAAGACUGGAAUGCGUAAUUUUUGUUUGCCUUUUUUUGUAGUAUUUGUUAGAAUAGAAAUACGAAACGUAAGAAGAAAUAUAACUCGUUUAUGUGUUUUUUUCCUUCUUUAUACAAUUAAACUUAUGUGCUUUAAUCUCGCUAGUACCACUAUCGAGUUUAAGGAUUUUUUGUAUCUUUGUAGUUUCGCGGAUACAUGAAAAACUUACACGCUUAAAAGUAUUUACAAAUGAAGAUUAUAGUUUACUCAUUUAAUCUAAUACUUUUUUACAAUUUUUUUUUUUUUACUGUAAAAUUACAUAUAGUCACCCUUGAUAUUAUAUAUAUAUAUAUAUAUAUAUUUUUUAAACAUUAAAAGUGCUUGUAAAAAUAACAUCAUUAUUUUCGACUCCUUUGAUAUUUUAUCACACGUAUCUGAAACUGCUAAAUUAUAAAACGAUGAACAAUUGAUCGAAUUAAAAUUAGUAUAACAAAAUUGUAAUAUAGAGUAGUCGUUUUUUCGUUUCAAGUUCUUUUUUUCUUUACUUACUUUCGUCCCGUUGACAUUGAUCGUUUUUUUUUUAAAACACUCCAUCUUUAGAAACACUCACUCCACGCCUGUACGCGAUACACUUUAAGAAAGAUUUAAUUGUUUUUUUUUCUUUUAUGUAUUUAAUUUUCUCGUUACCGACGAGGGAGAGAUGCGCGAUUAUAAACGUAUAAAAAACGACGGGGAAAUAAAUUUUUCUGCACAAAGAGAAACGACAAAUGUAAAUGUGAAAUAUAUCGGGAAGUCCUGUGACAAUGAAAUAAGCGUAUUAUUAACCUUUUUUUCUUUCUUGUAGAAAUGAUCAGGGUACUUCUGAUUGGCGUAGUAGUGAAAAAGUUAUUAUAUUAACGUAGUAGUGAAAAAGAGCGCUAUAUUAAAACGUAUUUACAUCAAUUUUGUUAAAUUAUAAACUUAACAGAAUCCUGAUCAUCUCUAAAUCUUGAUUAGAGUUCUUGAACUAGUAACAUUUAAACAUUCACAUUAGACACGGUAAUAGUGUCUAAGGUAAAAACCCCCUAACAAUUGUAAAUAGCUUUACAAUUAUGUAAAAUUUCUGUAUAUUAUCAGUAGCCUGUAAAUCGAAUAUCACGUUAAUAGAAACGCUGUUGUUGCACGUAA